AUGUCCAAUUGGAAGAAGCUGUUUAACAAGUCGCACAAGUCCCAACAAGCUUCCAGUGGCUCAAGCCUAAAGACCACGCCUUCCGCUGAUACAGGAGCAUCGCACACAGAGGAUGAGUUCCGAGACUCCCGCAAGACGCUGAUCAACGAGGUCGCGUCGGGUGUUGGAAACCUGAAUCUGGACCCACAAACGCCGCAGGUUAUCACCAAGGACCUCGGGAGCACCGACCCGGUUCUUGAAAAAGAGGUAUCCGAGCCCGUGAAGCUGCGUCCGGGACUUCUCACGGUCAAGAUCUACUCCUCCAAGGACCUGCAGAUACCAAUUCCACUUAGGAUCACGAAACCGAUUCUCAACAGACUGGCCAACAUGGGCACGAAUCUGAACGAGGACGAGCUGAUUAGACGCAUAGAGGCGCUGAGCGAAACGAUGGACGAGAUCAAGAGCUCCAACAUAUCGUACUAUCUUCCCUCCACGUUGAGCAUAAAUUCCGGAGACACCUCGAAAAACGUGGUCACAAACUACAGUCUGGUGUACGCCAUUGUGGAAAUAGAGAACAGCAGUGAACGCAUCAACUCGAUCGGAAACACCAUCAGCAAUACAAAAUUCAAUAGUGUCACCACUUUCGAUGUGACGUCACCCAACACGGCUAUUUUGAGUGUCCAGGUGUAUGUCCGCGUGCCGGGGUCUCUCUUGGAGUCGGAAAGACAGGAGGACUGCUUGCUGGGGUCCUUCCAGUACCCUAUCAGCUCGUCUGUUCUACAACAGGAGGCACCGCAGAUCCGCAUUCUGAACCACGAGUGGAAAAAACUGCGCAACCCGUACACAGACAAGGACCUUCCCGGAGCAGUCAGUAUCACGCUGGACUUCAAACCCCUGUCGAUGUCGUCCAAGAAGAGUCUGUCUAUCGACGACUUUGACCUGCUCAAGGUGAUCGGCAAGGGCUCGUUCGGAAAGGUGAUGCAGGUGAGAAAGAAAGACACAGGCAAGAUAUACGCUUUGAAAUCGAUCCGAAAGUCCCACAUCGUGAACAAGAUGGAGGUGACGCACACUCUGGCGGAGAAGUUUGUUCUAAGCAGAGUCACCUCGCCCUUCAUUGUUCCGCUGAAAUUCGCGUUCCAGUCUGCAGAAAAAUUGUAUUUGGUGCUAUCUUUCAUCAACGGCGGAGAACUGUUCUACCAUUUGCAGAAGGCCAGACGAUUCCCACUGAUCCGCGCAAAGUUCUACAUUUGCGAGCUGCUUUCGGCCGUGGAGAAUCUCCACUCAAUGAACAUCAUCUACAGAGACUUGAAACCAGAAAAUAUUCUGCUCGACUACCAGGGCCACAUUGCCUUGUGCGAUUUUGGCCUGUGCAAAAUCAACAUGCAGCUCGACCAGAAAACAAAUACCUUCUGCGGAACUCCAGAGUACCUUGCUCCCGAGCUGCUCAUGGGCAAGGGGUACACCAGGGUCGUGGACUUUUGGACGCUGGGUGUUCUGUUGUACGAGAUGCUCACCAGUCUGCCUCCAUUCUACGACGAAGACGUCAACACCAUGUACAGAAAAAUCUUGAACGACCCGCUGGUGUUCCCAGCAGAAUUCGACCCGGACACUAAAGACUUGAUCACUAGACUUCUCAACAGAGACCCAAAAAAGAGACUCGGCUACCAUGGCGUGGAAGAGAUCAAAAACCACCAAUUUUUCAAGGACAUCGACUGGUACAAGCUUAGCCACAAGGGCUACAUCCCUCCGUUCAAGCCUCAGGUACAGGACUCGGCAGACGUGAGCAAUAUCUCGUCUGAGUUCACGGACGAGCGUCCGAUGGAUUCCGUUGUGGACGACUUCUUGAGUGAAAGUGUCCAGAAACAGUUUGGGGGAUGGACCUACGUCGGCAGCAGCUUCAAUCCAGAAAACUACGCGUAA